CUGGAGCUCCGUCGGUCCGCCUACGUGAUCCGUGAGCCAGGAGGCAGUGGAUCGGCGUGGGACGCCCGUCCUGUUACUCUCUGUCAUCAGUCUGUAGGUGUUCAGGGGAUCUCACGUCGGCUGCAGAGAGUCCAUAGUUUAUCCUGCAGGAUGAACUUCAAAAACUUGAGAGAGUACCUGGCCUGGCUGUACUACCAGUACCUGCUCAUCACUGGGAUAUAUGUCCUGGAGCCAUGGGAAAAGUCGGUUUUUAAUUCCAUACUGUUUUCUGCGAUUGCCAUGGUGAUCUACACCUCGUAUGUCUUUGUUCCCAUCCAUGUGCGUCUGGCGCUGGAGUUCUUUUCGGGAAUCUUCGGUGGCCAGCCUGAGAGCACCAUGACACUCAUGAACUAACAUAAAGGAGGAAAAAAGAGGAUGAGAGAAUGGGUGUCUUAGCAUGAGCCUGUAAAUAAUUUCUUGUAGCUCAACCCUUCAAACUCCAGAUUUUUGCCAGCACUUUUUUUUAACCAUCUGAACCAGAUAGUCUCACUGCAGUUCAAAGAUCUUGCAGGAAGGAUCUGGAAAUCAGAGCCUGACUGUCUUCUUUUACAUCCCACACCCCAGGGCCUUACCUCAUGGUAUUAGUCAAAUAACUGUACCUUAAUUUCACAAUCUGCCUGUAACAUGUCUUGUGAAAUGUUUGUUUUUACUUUUCUUUAUGUGUCCUGUGUGAUCGUAUACCACAUCCAGUUUUUUGCAUGAUAGGCUCACACUUGGAUGUUACAUUUGUAUGCUUGUUUAACUUCAAAAUGCUUUUAAAUUCAUUCUUCCACAUUACACUAAGCCACAAUCUUUAGAGGGACACUCCAGUAAUCUAUGCUUGACUUUCAUGAGAGCUGGGGCUUGACAGAGAUAUUAUGUCUCACAAGGAAACAAAGGUCUUAAAAUGUAAUUAGAGUGACAAAAUUAAAGUAACUAAGUAGUAAGUGUAAAAUUGAUGGAUUGUCCCUUUAAGUAUCUGUGGGUUUUCUCAUAUGCUUACCAUAGUUUAGUUCAGUUACCAUAGUUUAACUGAACAUGAAUUUCUCUUUGAUGAAUAGAGAUUGUUUUAAAGUUCCUCGCUACGUUUCUGACAUGCAUUUAAUGUUACUGUCUUAUGUAAAAGCGGUAAAAAAAGACAAAAAAAUGCCUUUAUGCACUGUAAUGCAAUGCUAACUGACAGGAUACAAUGCAUGUCAUAUAUGGAGACAUGGCGUCACAGCCCAUAAAUGAUAACGUUGAUGGGAAAACCGAGCUACACAAUCAAUUAAAAAUGUCACGAUCAAGUCUCUGUUACACAGUUUGCUCAAAGCCUACAGUAUGAACAUAGAUUGAAUGGACAAAUUAUGUGAUAACACAAAAACCACGUCAUAGUUAUGUGCCGAGGCCUCUCUUUAUCUCCGAUUUUUUACUUGCUGAUUUUUCAGGAUGGUUGUUCUCAGCACUGGGCAUGAGCAAAUAUUGAUACAACACGCCCAUGUGUUUCAGGCUUGGUCUUUUUAAUGGCAUAGCUUCACUGAAGAACCGUUUCCUGUCUCAUGCAAAAUGCUAAGAUAAUGAAGGAAAAUUGGUCUAAAAGAAAAACUGCAAACCAAAAUAUCUGUCUUCUCCACUUAUAUUUGAUCUAUAGAGUAUAAACUAGAGUAUGAGGUACAAUUAGUUUUGUUCUGAAGAUUAUCUUAAAUAAUUUGUUUUUUAGGAUGAAGGGCUCACUGAAAGCAGGUUAAACAUAAUCUUUAAGUUAAUUUUAUUUAUACAAAGGUAUAUAUUUAUAUGAACUGGUAAAUGCUUGGCUGGUUACAAUGUCAAUUACCAAACUUUUUUUGAUUAUUUAUAUCUGUGUUCUCUUGUGGCCAUAACUGACACAUAAUUUGUUCUUAAUUUUGUUUCCUCAACAGUGCUUUUUCUUUUUAUUGUACCCAGGUUGUAUUAUAUCCCCCCCACUUUUAAUAAACAGUCAUUUCAAGUCCCUAAAAUUAAGGGUUUGAAGCUCUUUUUUCCGCUGCUCUCCAAUGAA